GUCCGAUUUGGCUUAGUCGAGAAAGAUUAUAGGAAACAAAAGGUGGCUCCACCCUCAUUGGUGGAAAAGGUAGAUCUUGUUGCUUCUCCAAAAGAGAAUCUGGGUGAAAUAAACAUGCGUGCUUCCGUUGACAAUAGAAUGAUUGGAUAUAAAGAACGAAAAAGAGAAAAUCUAGAUGGUGCUGCUGGAUCUUACUUAGCUAGAAGCUUAGAAUCUAGGGAUUCCGAAUCCAGUGAUUUUGAUAGUGAUGCUUCUUCUGUUGGUAGUUGUAGUGUCAAUAGCGAGCGACAGAGACGGUUUCCCUAUCGUUUGGCGCAGAUUCCUUUUCAGGUGACAGAUAGUGUUUGUAGCGAUGCGGAGUCAUUUUGUGGUUCAACAGAUAAGGAAGAAAGUUGUUCUCUUUCUCUUCCUUUGGAAGAAGAAGUGGCAACAAGUAUUCAUAACUUGGAGUUGCAUGCUUAUCGCUGUACUUUAGAGGCAUUGCAUGCUUCUGGACCCUUAAGUUGGGACCAGGAGACAUUGCUGACAAAUCUUCGUAUGAUGCUCCAUAUAUCAAAUGAUGAACAUUUGAUGGAGAUAAGGAGCCUACUUUCUGGUAAAACUGGUGCUAAUUGUAGAUAAUAAUCAUUCAGCUCAUUAUUUUGUUUUUAAAUAGGACCAUUCACAAAACAUUGUAAGAAUGCUGUGUUACAGUUUGUACUCCCUGUUAAGUUUGUAAUUCUCCAAUUGUCUCUUGUAGCUCUGAAAUCAAAUAUGAGAUUCUUCUAAAGGAAGGACUGCAUGUAUUGGAUAUUGCAAAGAAAAUAAGUGCUCCUACUGUCAUUUUCCUUUUGA